AUGGCGUCCAACGAUCAGCAAUCCAGCAUGAUAGAAGCUCUGCAAGAGAUCCAGCGUACGCAAGCUCUUCUCGUGAACGCGGUCGAAUCGCUGUCAGGCAGACCUAUCGACGAAGCGGGUGGAGAUAGUGCCAAAAACACCAUGCUUGACCCUGGUUCCCAUGAGGAUGACAAUGAAGGUGACACGCCCUCAGUAGAGGUCCCCUUGGCUUCGGGGGACAAAUUGAAAGCCCCUUCUCUGCCAUCUUCCGAUCAACGUCAGCAAGGGUUCACCUCGCGCAUUAUUUUAACAACUUACCCAAAGCAGAUUGGAAUUAAUCCUUUGCCUAUGGACUGGGGAAACUCAGACCCAGCUAAGCGUGGUCCCAUCGUAGUUUCAAGGGCUAGUUCUACUAUUCGACGUCGUAAUGCUGUUGGAGUGAGUUCUCAGGUCGCGUUGACUUCGAGUAAUACUGUACUAAACAUUGUUACCAGCGGCGGUUCGUAUUCGAUCUACUAUGCGCUUGCAGUCGCUAGCAACGAGUUGAACAGCGACCAUCGACCCGAUUUCACCAACACCGAACCGGCCGCAAACCUUGGUCCCUUUCCUCAAUGGGGAGAUAAGAAGAAGAUUGUUGCUAUGGAUCCUUGGGGACAUCUUGCUCCUUGGCUGUUCAAGGACACCAUCGAGAAGGACAACGUUGAUAUUCGACCCACCAUUGCCAUUACCAAGGCGCACAUGAAGCUGCCGGAGCUCGCGGAGAGUGUCAAGGCUGGAAGACUGGUGCCCGAUGGCAAGGUUUGUCUCAACGCAGAAGGCGAAUUGGCAGUCACCAAGUUUGCCGUUGAACCAGUUUGGUAUCUUCCUGGUGUGGCAGAACGGUUCGGCAUUGAUGAGGCCACCCUUCGACGUUCGCUGUUCGAACAUACAGGAGGAAGCUACCCAGAGCUCAUCACCCGUGGAGAUAUCAAAGUCUUCCUCCCUCCCAUUGGUGGUCUCACUGUAUACUGCUUUGGAGAUCCAGCAAAGAUGUCAGAUGAAUCGGUUCGACUAUCUCUACGAAUCCACGACGAGUGCAAUGGUAGCGACGUGUUUGGAUCCGAUAUUUGCACUUGCCGGCCGUACUUGAUCUUUGGUAUCGAGGAAGCUGUUAAGGAGGCACAGAAUGGUGGCAGCGGCGUUGUCAUCUAUUUCAGAAAGGAGGGACGGGCCCUGGGAGAGGUCACUAAGUACUGUAAGAACGAAGUCCCUCAAAUGGUCUAUAACGCCCGUAAACGCGGCGCCGAUCGCGCAUCAGACUACUUCAAGCGAACUGAGAACAUUGCUGGUGUCAAAGACAUGCGAUUCCAGGCUCUCAUGCCGGACAUUCUGCACUGGCUGGGCAUCAAGAAGAUUGACAGGAUGCUUAGCAUGAGCAAUAUGAAGCAUGAUGCGAUUGUUGGACAAGGAAUCCCCAUUCAUGAGAGGGUCGAGCUUCCCGAAGAACUUAUCCCUGCUGAUUCCAGAGUCGAAAUUGAUGCCAAAAUCACAGCUGGCUACUUUACCGCUGGUAAACGUAUGACAACCGAAGAGCUGCAGGCAGUCCAAGGCAGGAUGUGGGAAGACUUCGACCAUUAA